GGGAUGUUCUCUCUUUUCCUCGCAGGGCGGCAGCGGCGGUGGUUGUGCUGCUGCUCUCUCUGAAGUAUCCAGGUCCAUCCUCGUCGCUGCGGCGACACCCGCACCCGCCGCCGCCAUGACUGAGCAGAUGACCCUCCGUGGCACCCUCAAGGGCCACAAUGGGUGGGUGACCCAGAUCGCCACCACCCCGCAGUUCCCAGACAUGAUCCUGUCCGCCUCCCGAGACAAGACCAUCAUCAUGUGGAAGCUGACCAGGGAUGAGACCAACUACGGCAUCCCCCAGCGUGCUCUUCGGGGUCACUCCCAUUUCGUGAGUGACGUGGUCAUCUCCUCAGAUGGCCAGUUUGCCCUCUCUGGCUCCUGGGACGGAACCCUUCUCUGGGAUCUCACAACGGGCACCACCACGCGCCGGUUCGUGGGCCACACCAAGGACGUGCUGAGUGUGGCCUUCUCCUCUGACAACCGGCAGAUUGUCUCUGGCUCCCGAGAUAAAACCAUCAAGUUGUGGAAUACUCUGGGUGUGUGCAAGUACACCGUCCAGGAUGAGAGCCACUCAGAGUGGGUGUCUUGUGUGCGCUUCUCACCCAACAGCAGCAAUCCCAUCAUCGUGUCCUGUGGCUGGGACAAGCUGGUCAAGGUAUGGAAUCUGGCAAACUGCAAGCUGAAGACCAAUCACAUCGGCCACACGGGGUACCUGAACACUGUGACUGUCUCUCCAGAUGGGUCCCUCUGUGCUUCUGGAGGCAAGGAUGGCCAGGCCAUGCUGUGGGACCUCAACGAAGGCAAGCAUCUUUAUACACUUGAUGGUGGGGACAUCAUCAACGCCCUGUGCUUCAGCCCCAAUCGUUAUUGGCUCUGUGCUGCCACUGGCCCCAGCAUCAAGAUCUGGGACUUGGAGGGUAAGAUCAUUGUAGAUGAAUUGAAGCAAGAAGUUAUCAGUACCAGCAGCAAGGCAGAGCCACCCCAGUGUACCUCUCUGGCCUGGUCUGCUGAUGGCCAGACGCUCUUUGCUGGCUACACAGACAACCUGGUGCGAGUGUGGCAGGUGACCAUCGGCACCCGCUAGAAAUACAUGGCAGAGCUUUAGUAAUAAAAUGGUUUUCUGGCUUGUA